UGCUCGCAGCAGGGCACUGCUCGUACAGGCACCGGGACGGCGACAGCGGGUAAAGGACAGUCCCGGGCCGGUCCCGGGCCAGCGGCGCUCCCGCCCCGCGGAACUUGCGCACAGGCCGCCGCCCCCUUUUCCGGCAGCCGCGGCGGCCAAGCCCCGCAGGAGGCGGGGUGAGAUGGCGGCCGCCGGGCCCGGCGCCACCCGGGCCCGUAUCGCCGCCGCCGUGCUGCUGCUGCUGGGCUGCUGCGGCCCAGCGCUGGCCGGCGGCCUCCAGGAUCAAGCAGAACAGUUUCUUAGAAGUGGGCAUACAAAUAACUGGGCAGUUUUGGUGUGUACCUCUCGCUUCUGGUUUAAUUAUCGUCAUGUGGCAAAUACUCUUUCAGUGUACAGAAGUGUCAAGAGACUGGGCAUUCCUGAUAGUCACAUUGUCUUGAUGCUGGCAGAUGAUAUGGCAUGUAAUCCCAGAAAUCCCAAACCAGCUACUGUGUUUAGUCAUAAAAACAUGGAGCUAAAUGUCUAUGGAGAUGAUGUGGAAGUGGAUUAUAGAAGCUAUGAGGUUACUGUUGAAAAUUUCUUGCGUGUUUUAACGGGAAGAAUCCCACCAAGCACACCACGAUCUAAACGUCUUCUUUCUGAUGACAGAAGCAAUAUUCUAAUAUACAUGACAGGCCAUGGUGGAAAUGGUUUCCUAAAAUUUCAAGAUUCUGAAGAAAUUACAAAUGUAGAACUUGCUGAUGCCUUUGAACAAAUGUGGCAGAAAAGGAGGUACAAUGAAUUGUUGUUUAUUAUUGAUACUUGUCAAGGAGCAUCCAUGUAUGAACGGUUUUAUUCACCCAAUAUAAUGGCCUUGGCUAGCAGCCAAGUAGGAGAAGAUUCUUUAUCACAUCAGCCUGACCUGGGGAUUGGCGUUCAUCUCAUGGACAGAUACACGUUCUAUGUGUUAGAGUUCUUGGAAGAAAUUCAUCCUGCCAGUCAGACAAAUAUGAAUGACCUAUUUCAGGUCUGUCCAAAAAGCUUGUGUGUUUCCACCCCUGGGCACCGAACGGACCUGUUCCAGCGCGACCCUCAGAAUGUUCUGAUUACAGACUUUUUUGGCAGUGUCAGGAAGGUGGAGAUCACCACAGAGACGGUUUCCUUGGACCGGGACGUGGCUGGAUUUGAAAGCAAGUUUCCAGAGGAGGAGUUGGCAACAGAGCCACUAAAAUAUGCUGAACAACUUCCUGUAGCUCAGAUAAUACACCAGUUAAUGGCAAGGAGGAGGAAGAGAUCUUUUCUGUGCAGAAGAUUCUAUAUUCCCUUCUUGCUCUUCUCUCAGAGUUCAAGGUGUGAUUUUCAAUCCAUCCUGCUGGUAGAUCAGGUACCCAGUCUGCAUUCAGGUGUCUCCUCAUUCUUUUCUGUCAGCCACAGAGGACUCUGCCUGUUUGUGUGGAAAAGCUUAUGGCCAAAUAACAUAAAACUUGUGUCAAACAUGGCUGUGGAGAUUUAGCAUCCUUCUUCUUGGGGAUGCCUUAAAGGGAGCAAAAUGACCUAUUGUGUUGCAGUCAUUUGGAAUUUUCACAGAAUAAAAUAAAAAAUUUUUAAACUUUGUAGAUACGAUUCCUGCUUCAGGGACAAGUAACUAUAGUUUUCUUAAGUCAGGACCAAACAGGUCACAUUACUGUUUUCCUAAUGGUAUCUUGGCCAUAUGGAAUCUUUCAGGUAAUCAGGUAUGCUCUGAAAAAUUGACCUGAAAUUUGGGGAAGAUAAUGACAGUUCAUCAUGGGAGACAAAAUGGUGCAGUCCAUUCACUGCUUUGAGAUAAGGAAAACUUCCAGAUUGAAAACUGGGACUUGGUACUGGUCAGAGUAGCACUAAGCCAGAUGGGCAAUAUAAGAUAAAGCUGUGGUUUCAGGAUGAGCUGUUUUUAAAUGCUUGAAGAUCAACAGGAACAAAUAAAAGUCCACUAAGUCCCUUAAUAGAAUUUUGUAAACAACUUCAUGUGUAUUAUCGUAGAUCUUCCCAAAUACCUUUGUCAAUAACUGUUUUUAAAGCGUUGAGUCUCAUGCUGCAGGCAGUGCUGGUUUUACCUUAAUGGAAACAUAAGCUUUAUUUUAAAACCUUAAAGUGUACAAGCCUUUCCUACAAGUUGUAAACACAAUGGAUUUAAAAACUUUUGGCUGAAAUCUGCACCUUCGGGGAGAAUUUCUGAUGUGUUCCAAACAUGGAAGAUUGGAAAUCAGGACCAGUUUGUAUGUCAGGAACUCCCUGGUGUUGUCAGAGCUUCAAAUGACCCAACAGCCUGCAAAUGUCACAUUUAAAAUUCUGUCUUCAUGCCUGACUCUCAGUAUAAAUGAAUUAAACAGCAGAGCAGGCAGCCAGUCAAUAUGUUCUUAACAGUGAGAGUGAGCAAUGAAACAGUUUGGUGGUUGUUUGGAAUCAGUAAAUAGAAAGUGCAUGGAAUGGCUCACCUAGAGGAAAAUCUCAAAUAGGAAACAGAAUUAACCUUUAAAAUGGUCAAGCAGACGAAAUGCCAUAGCAAUAUUUUUACAGCAUUAGCUGGGUAAUAACUACGGAGGGUUCAUUUGGCUAUUGUGUGUUACACUGCCAUAGAAUAUUGCACUGUGGAGAGGCAAAAAGCUGGUUUGUGUACUCUUAUCUGUUUGCUAAACUUGCCAGUAGUACAGAGCUGGGGUCUGCACAAGGCAGCAGAACAGAUCCAACAGAACUGCAGAUGUCUUGGAUGCAGAGAAGCCAAAUAAAAGGAGCGUUAUUUAGCUGUGGUGACAGGGAGUUUGGCACCAUGCCCUGGCUGUGUGUGAGGCUGGUGCCCUGCCUGAGCCUGUAGGAGCUGUAACCAGCUGAGCAUCACUGCACCAGCAUCCUCCUGAAUUAGCUCUGCAGGAAACUCCUUAUACCCUUUCUGAGGGACCUGGCACAACUGGAACAAGUUGUGCAGGGUCCAUUUUGUAUGAACAAGGGGUUUUUUGCUUUAAGGAAAAAGAAGGAAAUUAUAAGAAACUAAAGAGUAAGAACAGUGGAUAGUAUUUGUGGUGUUAUGUAUGUGUAUGUUAUGUAUGUAUUUGUGUAUGUUAUGUAUCCAAAUGGAUACAUACAUACUCUAGACAUACAUAAUAGCAUCAGUGCUGUGUAUUUAUAGCAUAAAUAUAUAUUAAAAUUUCACAGUGGUGGACAUGUAUCCUAAAUCAAUAUAAUGUAUAAAGUACAUUUUAAUUAUACUUGUUAGCCACCAUAGCCACUAGUGCUAUCCAGCUUUCACUAUAAAUUUAUUCUCUUGAACACUAAUGAAAUGCUCCUUGUGCUUUAACUGAAAUAAAAAGCCACUAGUGCUUGGUAAAGGAUUGCAGUCAUUAAUACAAACUUGUAAAAGUUGAGCUUUCGGAGUAAUGCCCACAUGAGACAACCUUUUUAAUGAGAUUCUCUCUGUACAGCCACGCAUACAAUGCUGCCACUUACAGUAAGUUUAUGCUACUUAGAAUAAGGCCAAAAAAACCCCAAAUCAGGAAGGGGAGAAAAAGGAGAGAUUACUUUAAUUCUGCACUUGUCUUUUGUCAAAACAGGUCUGGUGGAAGAACGGGGCAAACUGCAUUUGAGAAGAUUGUUCCCAUUUAUCAUAAAUGAUAUUCAUGCUGGCCUUGCAGUUCAGCAAGUCAUUUUAAUAAAAGUACCUAACUUUGGUGCCA